AUGAGCCUCGCGGUGCGUCCCUGCCGCGACGGCGACUACGCCAGCAUCACGGCCAUCUACCGGCUCGCGGUGCUGCACGGAACGGCCACCUUUGACGUCGAGCCACCGUCGCUCGAGGACGUGGCGGCGCGCUUCGCAAGCCUCCGUUCGCAGGACUACCCCUGCCUCGUCGCCGAGGUGGACGGCGCCGUCGUGGCCUACGCCUACGCCGGCCCCCACCGUCCCCGACCAGCGUAUGGCGCCACGGUGGAGGUGAGCAUCUACGUCGAUGCCCAGCACCGGGGGCGCGGCAUCGGAACGCGGCUGCUGGCGGCGCUGAUCGACGAGACGGUGGCGCGCGGGUUCCGCCAGGCGCUGGCCGUGAUUGGCGACUCGAGCAACGCGGCCUCGAUCCGGCUCCACGCCGCCAACGGCUUUGCGCACGUCGGCACCUUUGCCAACGUCGGCUGGAAGUUUGGGCGCUGGCUCGACACGGUCCUCAUGCAGCGCGCGCUGGGCGAGGGGAGCAGCACGCCGCGUUCUGGCGCUUGA